AUGGUUGGAAAAAGACUAUCACCGGAGGUAACUUGUGAUGAUCCGUUUUCGUAUUUCGCUGCUGUGAAGGAAGCAUUUCAUGAUAAACCGGAAAAAUAUGACCAGUUUAUCAACCUCUUGAAUGAUUUUAGGGCUCAUAGAGUCGAUGUCGCUAGUACUAUUGCAAGGUUGGAAGAACUCAUGAAAGAUCACCAUAAUCUGCUUCUUGGUUUCAAUGCCUUCCUUCCAGCUGAGGGUAAGAGAACCAUUGUUCCCGAGGCGAAAACAACCUUCCUUCUCGAGGGAUUCAUCGUUCCCAAGGCUAAGAGAACCAUCCCUCCCGAGGCUAAGAGAACCAUGUUUACCAAGGCUGAGCAACAUGCUGAGUCUAGUUCUACCAAAAGAAAACGUGCCGAGGCUGAUGGAGAGGAGUUUAUGAAAAAGCUUAAGACAAGGUUCCUGAGCAUUGACACUCAUGUUGUUGGGUCAUUUCAAGAGAUAAUGCAAAUGUAUAAAGAUGGAAAGAAGCCGCUAAAGAAGGUGCAUGAGGAGGUCGUUGAUCUUCUCUAUUAUCAUGAAGAUUUGAUCGAAGACUUUUCCAGAUUUUUACCUAAAGAAUGA